GCUCGGAUCUGGUCAUCAUUUGUUAUUUUGGAUCGAUAGGACCGAUCCUUCUAAGGAGGGUGUGGUGUGUUUCAGGACCGGAGAGGAACCAGACAGCCCCGGUACUUUGAUCCAGUCUGGCUAAGAAGACGUUGACCCUGCAGCACCGACAACUCGACUCAGAUCUCUCUUCAGCGACAUCAUGCGCUCCUCGACCACAUCUGCCGCUCUGCUCUGCCUGCUGGCGGGGGCCAUGGCUGCCGUUCAGGACCCCCACGCAGUGUUUUUGGACAAGCAGCAGGCGAGCACCAUGAUUUCCCGUCAAAAGAGGAACGUCGGCGGCAGCCCGGAUCAGCCCGCCAGCCUGGAGCAGGCUUGCAUGGAGAAGGUGUGCAACUACGAGGAGGCCAGAAAGAUCUUCCAGGACUCGUACCGAACGGACAUCUUCUGGGCUGUCUACAUUGAUGGAGACCAGUGUGCAGAGAACCCCUGCAAGAAUGGAGCCAUGUGUUCGGACAGCGUGGGGGGCUACGACUGCGUCUGCAAGUCGGGUUUCACAGGAGUCCACUGCGAAAACGACCAGACUGUGUGCACCCUGGAGAAGAACAAAGGCUGCUCCCAGUUCUGUAAACCAGGCUACACGUCCUACGAGUGCUCCUGCGCCCGCGGGUGGAAGCUCAACAGUGACAGGAACAAGUGUGACCCUGCAGGCAAAUUCCCCUGUGGUAAGGUGAACAAUCUGAACCUCUGGGAUAGCAGACUGUCCGCCAACACUCGCAGCGACUUUGAAGGACUCAGCUGUAGUCCCACAGAGUGCCCGUGGCAGGCUCUUCUGGUCAGCCCAGAUUCUGCAGGUUUCUGCAGCGGAGUCAUUCUGAAGGAGAACAUGGUCUUGACUACGGCUCAUUGUGCCAAAAAGUACAGCUCCUUCCAGGUGGUUGUUGGCAAGCGAAGCACCACCUAUGAAUCUGGAGAGCAGACCCUGUAUUUGAAAGAACUUCACCAUCACCCACGCUAUGUGGAGGGUCGCCCUGAAAAUGACCUGACUGUUAUUGAGCUACAAAGCCGCAUCACCUUUAAGAAGGAGGUGACUGCAGCCUGUCUGCCAGAAAGAGACUUUGCAGAGAAUGUCCUGUUGGCGGGAGAGUAUCAGGCCAUAGUCAGCGGCUGGAAAGAACCCAAAGAGGAAACUGCCUUCCAGGGCCCGCUCACCUUCAACCAGCUGGCGUACGGCAGACUGCCUAAGUGUCUGGAGACGUACCCCCAAAUGAUGACCAAUAAACUGGGCUGCACCACUGCCCAGGCCAAUGCUGACUGCACCAUGAGCUCCGGCAGCCCCCUGCUCACCCUCUAUAGGGACGUGUUCUUCCUCACUGGGGUGGUCAGCCUGCCGCCAGGGGCCGACUGCAACCAAGGCUUCAUCUUCCAGAAAGUGUCGCGUCACCAAGGCUGGCUGCGGAAGAUCAUGGGUUCAAACUAGGUAGCGUAGUCAGGGAAACAGGGAGGUGACUGGUGAUGAAAAUAUAUUAUAAUGCAGGGGAUUAUAUACUUUAAACAGGAAAUCAGACUUGUUUAAUUUAGUGCUUGAAGAACAACCUUUGUUUUGUCUUUUAAUAUGAAAUACUUCUUAAAGUAAAAACUAAAGCAACCAUAUCGUCUAAAUCUAGGCUAUUGCUUCCCUGUGUCGCUGCUGACGUCCUCAUUUAUCCACAAGGUGGCGCCUUGGUCAAAUAAACAGAGAAGCACUUUCUCUAGCUUCUGUAUCGUCUAAAGCAGCAAGAAAAGCAAUGAAUUAUUCAGCAUGUGUUUUGUGAUGUGCAAAUACCUUCUACUAAUCUUUAUGUAAUGUUAUUUUUAGCAACUGACAUGCACCUUGCAACACUCAAAGUAAUCACUGUUCUAUGAAUGUUAUACAUGUAAUAAAACCCAAACAACACA